AUGACUGUUUUAAUCAUUUUUUUACUGUUUUUGGAGUCCGUUUCCUAUGCCUUCCCAGUGCCCAUCCAUCCCCACGGCAAGGAUGACUCCGUCCUCGUGGAGCUCCUCCACGUCGCCAGUGAGAAAGGCCCGUUGCUUGCCCUGGAAGCGAGUGGCGUUGUCCUCCUGUGCCUGCUUGUAAAGCAGCCGCGCCUUAAUGAAUGA